AAUGCACCGUUCUAUUUUAUCUAAAUCCAUUAAAUUGGUCAACAUGAUAUAUGAAUCAGCUCAAAUUCCAUCGAAUUGCAAACAAAAUUCUCAACUACAUAUUUCUCGAAUUUAAAUUACAAAAGAAAUAGCAGUCUCACACUGCUAUAACUCACUAUUUUUUGCAUACCCAUCGAACAAUAUACCAAAUACAACCUCAAUGAACCAAUUCCAUUUCAUGGCUCGAUUAAUUCUAGAUCCAACAUAAGGUCACACAAUAUUUCAAAAAAAAAACUGCACACUCUGCACUUUAAAAACCAAACAAAAAAAAUGUCCAACGAAAGCAUAUGGAUGAUAGAACCACAAUUAUUUUGCAGCCAAAGAAAUAAAUUUAACAAAAAAGUGCGUUUAAAACAAUUUUGUUCAACUUAUUCAUUAAUAAUAAUUGUUACAACGAUUUUUGCCUGCCUCAUCAAUGGUGUAAUAUGUAAUAGACCGCCACGUUUUGUCAUCGAAGGUCAAUCCGAGAUAGUUUUAAGAUUGAAAGAAAGUCCGGAAACUGCUGUAGGUACCCUAAUUUAUCGUCUUAAGGGCUAUGACCCUGAUAACGACCCUCUAACUUUUGCUACACGACCCUCACCUGAUAGUGAUGUAAUUAGAAUUGAAAAUACCGGCUCCAACGAGGCUUAUGUCUAUCUAGCCAAAGAGCUUGACAGAGAGACAAAGGAUGAAUACUCAAUUGUGCUGACAUUGACUGAUAAUCACCAUUUCGGUGAAUACAAUUACGUAACACAGAGCUUUCUGCUUUUGGUCGAAGAUAUAAAUGACAAUGAACCUGUGUUCAAACCGUAUCAAUCAGCCAUAGAAGUUCCCGAAAAUAGUAGACCGGGAAUUGUUACAACAUUGGAAGCCAUUGACAACGAUGAGGGUGCUUACGGUCAAGUUGUGUACUAUCUGCAAGAACUUGAUGGAGAUAAUGAUGUCUUUUCGAUAUCAACUUAUCAGGGUAAAGGUAUUCUUCGGCUUUCGGGGAAGCUUGACUAUGAGACAAAGAGCUUAUACCAGCUUAGGGUGUUGGCCAUUGAUCGAGCUAAUCAGGGUCCAGUGAAUACUGGAACUGCUGCAAUUCUAGUCAAAAUCAAAGAUAUUGAGGAUCAGCCUCCAGAGUUUGUACAGGUUCAGGCUGUAGCCCGGAUACCGGAAGAUGCUCCAGUUGGCACGAGGGUUCUUCGGGUCAAAGCGAUCGAUGGAGAUCGUGGAAUUAAUAAUCCUAUCAAGUACACAGUUGAAGCAAAUGAACAAUUUGGAAUUGAUAGUAGUACGGGUUAUGUUUAUACAGCUCGAACUUUGGAUAGAGAAGAUACAAGUAAUCAAGUUAAUGGAGCUUAUAUUUUAAAAAUAACUGCUACUGAACUAUCAGAACAACAAGAACACCCUCCACCGUCUGUUAAAACGGAAGUUACAAUUAUCGUCACGGAUGUUGAUGACGAAAUACCAACAUUUAGCGAAUCAAUUUACCGCUGUGAGAUCAACGAAAAUUCUCAAGUUAAUACUCCAUUGAAUUUCAUUGACGAUGUGCGGAAUUUUGUAUUCGACCAUGACGUAGGGAAUAAUGGAACAUUUCGACUUUUUAUGGAUCCACCAAAUGAUAUAUUUGAGAUUGUACCUGAGUUGGCAGUUAAUGAGGCGACAUUUUUGAUACGAAUAAAAGAUCCAAAAAUGGUUGAUUAUGAAAGGAAUAGGGAGAUGAAUUUUACACUGUUUGCUAGAGAAGUGGAGGAUCCGGAUAAAUGGAGUUCAGCACAUCUACAAAUAUUCAUUCGGGAUCAAAACGACAAUUUUCCCGAGUUUACUCAAGCCAUUUACAAUGUAACAGUCCUUGAGAAUAGUGAACUUGGCACCAUAAUUGCACAAAUAUCUGCUCAUGACAAAGACUCUGGUGACUUUGGUACAAUGGGUAUAAGAUACAAGAAUCUUCGAGGAGGAAUAGCAAAUCUUUUAAAUCUUGAUCCAAUUUCUGGCAUUCUAUCUAUUGAAGUUCCCGGUGGUGAAGCUUUCGAUCGCGAAGUAAUAUCUCGACACUAUUUAACUGUCGAAGCUCAAGAUAAUAUUGGUUCUGGAAAUCGUAAUACUGCACAAAUCAUUAUAAAUAUAGAAGAUGUCAAUGAUAAUUCACCUUUAUUCCUGCAAAGAUACUACGAAGCAAAUUUACUUGAAAAUAAAAUAGAUUUUGAAACUCCUUUAAUCUUGGAAGCUAGAGAUAUAGAUCUCAAUGGAACAGAAAACAGUCAAAUUACUUAUGAAAUUGUUGAAGGAAUGUUUCAAAGGAAUUUCACAAUUGACAAAGAGUCGGGAAUAUUGAGACCAAAUCGACCGUUUGAUUUUGAAAAUCUUCCAGCUGUUGGCAACUCAAAUAUUCGAAAUAUUGAAUUACUUGUUAGAGCUCGUGAUUCGGGAAUACCAAUGUUAUCGACUGUUGUUCCAGUUGUUGUUUAUAUUCAAGAUGUUAACGAUAAUCCACCGAUCUUUCAGAAAUCUUUUUAUGCCAAAACUAUUCCUGAGGAUCUUGCAAGUGGAAGUCUUGUUUUAGAAGUAAAGGCUCAAGAUCUUGAUGGAUCUUCGCCAAAUAAUAAUGUAGUUUAUAGAAUUCAAUCUGGAGCUGAAGAUAAGUUCAUUGUGAAUGCAGAUACAGGUGUUAUAUAUGUGGCGAAUGGAGCUUCUUUAGAUCCAGACUUGACGAAUUCCAAGAAAACCGUUUACACUUUAACUGUUUUGGCUUUAGAUGGUGGUAUUGGAUCAUCUCAAAUGAUGAAUACGGCAACAGUGAAUAUAACAAUAAAGGAUGUUAACAACAAAUUUCCUGUACUGAAUGAUCUCCGUACUUUGAAAAUAAUGGAAAAUACUCCAGUUGGUACCGAAAUUUAUAGGGUUUUUGCAAGUGAUUUAGAUGAAUCUCCGAUUUUAAGAUAUCAAAUCAAUAAGAUCAAUUCACAAGCUAGAAAUGAAGAUGGAGCUUUUGUUAAAUUAAAUGAAUAUGAUUUUAUAUCAGCUUUUGAUUUAAACUCAAUUGAAGGCACAAUUAAGGUGGCUAAGCUAAUCGAUCGUGAAAAGGUAGAGUUUAUCAAGUUGUCUAUUAUUGCAGAAGAUUUGGGAGCUGCAAAGGGUCCACAAAUCGUUGAAGCUUAUCUAAAUAUUCAAAUUGAAGAUGAAAAUGACAACAAUCCAAAAUUCAAACAACCAUUUUACAAGAAAACAAUUACCGAAAAUAGUAUGAAUGGUGUUCUAAUUGCGAAUAUUUUAGCUUAUGAUGUGGACAAGAAUAAAACAAUAACGUACUCAAUGGAAGGUAAUCCAGUUUUUACAAGUUUAGUACAUUUAGAUGCUCAAACUGGUGAAAUUGUUGUAUCUAGUAAAAUUGAUCAUGAAUUAUAUCAAUGGCUUAAUUUUACGGUUCGUGCUACAGACUCUGGAGUUCCUCCCAGAUCUUCCCUAAUCGAUGUCUUUGUAAAUGUAUUGGACGAAAAUGAUAAUAAUCCUUAUUUUAAGCCUGGCAAUAAGAACUAUUCGAUUAGUGAAAAUGCUUCGAUUGGUACUAGAAUAGGAACUAUUCAAGCAACAGAUGCAGAUUCUGGAGAUUUUGGCAAAGUUACAUUUUUAAUGGAUCGAAUAAGUUCACAGGGCAAAUUUUCAAUUGAUGCUGAUACUGGAGUUCUGACAGUUGUAGAUAAACUAGAUCGCGAGACAAAGGACAUUUAUAUGCUUGUCAUUGAAGUCUGGGAUAACUAUCAGUUUGGAUUUUUGGCGGGGGAGAGUCGAAAUGCUUUUAAGCAAAUUACAAUAAAUAUUUUAGACGAAAACGAUUCUACCCCUGAAGUAAUUGUACCAAUAGGAUGCGUUCCAAUCACUGAGUAUCAUGAUCUAAAUGAAGUUAUAACUACAAUUCGAGCAAUGGAUGCAGAUGAUCACAAUUUGCCAAAUGGACGUUUGGAAAUGAAAAUAUCAAAUGGAAAUUCUGACGGACUUUUUGAACUUCGUCAAGUCGAUGCAUGGACGUCGCAUCUGCUUGCGAAAUCUUCUCUUAAAAAUCAAUAUGGAAACUAUACUUUGGGCAUUCAAGUUCGAGAUUUGGGAGUACCUCCAAAUGUUGUUAAAAAAUUUAUUGAUGUUUGUAUAUCGGAUUUUAAUGAUCAUGCACCAAUAUUUGUAUCUCCAAUGCAUAAUACUACUUUAAGGAUUCCAGAGAACACAACAGUUGGUACUAUGAUUUUACAAGUUCAUGCUGUCGAUGAUGAUAUCGGCUUCAAUGCUUUAGUUCGAUAUCGUUUGAAACCCGAUCCAAUGGGGAGUUAUAAGACAUUUGAAAUUAACGCCGAUAGUGGAAUGAUUUAUUUAAGAAACACUCUUGAUAGGGAAAAACAAAAACUUUAUGAGAUUAGAAUUGAAGCUUUUGAUCAAGGUAUUCCAACUUCGUUGACAACUGACUUGGAUUUAACCAUUUAUGUUCGUAAUGUCAAUGAUUAUGAACCACAAUUUUUAGUAGAUCAAAUUGUAGUGAAUUUUACUGAGCACAUGGAUCCUGGUAGUCAACGAAUUAAAUUACCAGAUACAAUUGACAAGGACGAAGUAGAUGAUUUAGACGAUCCACCCAGCUCAGUUUGUUAUUUCAUUAUUCAAGGCAACGAGGAAGGUUACUUUGCCUUACAUCCUGAGUCUCAUAUUCUCAUGGUACACAAAGAAUUAGAUCGAGAACUCAGAGCAAAUCACACUUUAUACAUACGAGCAACUGAACAUUGCUCAGAAAUAUCUUCAAACAGAAAUAAUGCCAGACUGUUUUCAAACCGCCGAAUGGAUAACACACACAUUAUGCCAAUGGUCAAUCGUAAACACACAAACUAUCAAAGUUCAGAAUAUACAUCGAAUGAAAAUGAUUUGUAUCUUGGGGAUGACGAUAUUAUGUCUGACAGCACUGUAGUCCGAGUACUGGUUCGUGUCUUGGAUAUCAAUGACAAUCCACCACGAUUCAGAUCGAAAAUAUUCACUGGCGGAUUUACAACUUCAGCUGAUUUUGGUACAAAAUUUAUGAAAAUCGAAGCUUACGAUCCUGAUGAUGGCAAGAAUGCUGUGAUAUCGUAUUAUCAAGUUGGAGAGGUCAAACAAACUCUGUCAGAGGGAUUGGAGAAUGUUGAGAGAUUUCCGUUUGUAGUUGAUCGUGAAACUGGAGACAUUCAAUUGAAUUUUGAUCCACAAAAAGGCAUGAAGGGUUAUUUUGAUUUUAUGGUAGUAGCAAAUGAUACUGAAGGCUUGCAAGAUACUGCACGUGUUUAUAUUUAUCUGCUGAGAGAAGAUCAAAAAGUUCGAUUUGUUUUUAGGUUGCAGCCAUCAGAGCUGAGGGAAAAAAUUCAUAAGUUUAAAGAAACAAUAAGUAAUGUCACCAAGGCAAUUGUUAACAUUGACGAAUACAAAGUCCAUGAAAAUAAGGAUGGUUCUGUUGAUAAGACCAAAACAGAUCUUUACAUGCAUUUAGUUGACAGAGAUGACAAUUCAAUACUUGAAGUUACUGAAGUUCUUCGUUUAAUCGAUCAACAUGUUGAGAGUCUCGAUGGACUAUUCAAAGAAUUCAAUGUUCUCGAUACACAACCAGCUGAAGCUCAAUUGCUAAUUGCCGGACAAGCUAGAGCUCCAAUGUUUGUCUGGUUUGUGUUCUCUAAUUUGUUCCUUGCUACUUUAUUGGUGGUAACAUUGGCUUUGUGUGCAUCCCAGAGAAAUGGAUACAAAAGACAGCUGCGGGCAGCAAAAGUUAACAUUUUUCACCGAUCAUCAUUGUUAAAUAUUCCUGAUGGUCCAGAACCACCAUCAACAACAGUUCCAAAUACCAAUAAACAUAGUGUAGAAGGUUCAAAUCCAAUAUGGCUUAAAGGGUAUGAAAAUGAAUGGUUUAAAAAUGAUGAUAAUCAAAGUCAAGGAGGAGAUGAUUCACUGGAUGAUAAUUUUUUGUCAAUCGAAAGACAAAAUUCUUUUAAUCAACAUUGUAAAAUAUUUGAACAGACUAAUGAUUUAAAUCGACAUUUUAAUGUUUAUCAACAAAUUGAUAAGUUAACAAAUAAUGCUCAUAUAUUAGUUAAAAAAUUGGAAACAACAGAGUUGUAGUGAAAUCUAUACAAAGAUAUACAAAGAAAUAGUCAUAAGGUUAAAAAAUGUAAUUUAAGUUUUAAUAAUUAAGUUUAUAUAACUUAUUUCUUUAUAAUGAUUACCAUGAAUAAUGUAGAUAAAUAUUUAUUUCAUCGAAUUUGAUUAUAAGAUAUUUUAUAAUAUUUAGUUAUGAGUACAAUAAGAUUAGUGUUUAAGU